UGGUAAUAUAUCAUGUGGUCAACACUGGUCAAGUAAAAACCGGUACUAUUUGACCUUUGGAUCUUUCGCUAAGACUUAUUACAAAUAUUUAUGUAUAACGUUUAACAGGUACUUAAAAAGAAAAUUUUGUCAAAGUAAAGAGCUGUAUUAAGGUCUAUAUAAAAAUUAAUCAUAAGCAUGGUCCAUGAUUUCAGCUACCGAACGAUUAACAAUAUUAGAGUCAAUGUUUAAGAAGCGAGCUUGGUUUGCGACCUAAUUCCUUAGUAAUCUACUAUAGCGAAGCUGGAAUUUUCAAGAUAUAAAACAAUUAUAAUAUAAAGGAGGUAUCCUCACGUCACUUCCCAAAUUACCUCCUCGUUCACAGAUCAAUAAUUUAGUGUAAUAUCUUACAAACAGACAAACACAUCUCUUCACCAAUACACUUAGAAAUGUAGGCGUUUAUUUAUACAGAAUUUAAUUAUCAUUCAAUUUAUACGAGAGUCCCGCCAUUAAGAUGUCACUUGCAUAAUACGUAGCUAUUAGGCUGUUAGUUUCAACUCACACACGUCAAACAUUCGUAUUAUAAUUAUUUAUCGACUAUUAACGUCUAAUUCUGACAAGUGAUGAGCUUUGGCCAUUAUUAAGUGGGUACAGCUUCGAAACUGGUUAUUAUUUUGUGCUUCAGUAUGAAGUUGGAGCCUUAAAGGAGGUUUUAUGCUGUUUUUUUAUAGGGAUGCAUAUAGGAAGAGAUGUGUUUAAGUAUCAAUGUAAUUUGUUGAAUUUGUAUGGCUUUUGCCUGAAAUCUUAUUACUUUUGCAUGUGGUGGUUACCUUCAAGAAUAUUUUAAAUCGUAACAAAAGCCUUACUUUUUCUCUCCAUUUUCAUCUAUUUUUCUACAUUCUAACUAGCUUAUCUUUCGGCAUCAUGCUUAUAUUUUCGGUUUACUGUAACUCUAAAUCUCAGGAUCUACCUUAGAUAAAUCGGACGUCGACUUACAAAUUGUAUAAUUUUCUCUUUCCUACAAAAUAAAAGUUCUAAACCUUUAAAAGUAAUUUCACCAAACAACCUUUUCAUCAAAACCUCAAAUAGCACAUCACCCAGAAAAACCUAACCCGUCAAUCUGACACAACAUAAUCACAUUUUUGCAAUGGCUUGGUAAAAUUCAAAAUUAUGCCAUGACACCUAUACUUGUGAUCUGCGCGUACCUUCUGUUCAGGGUGACGGGAGGAGACAUAACUAGUAACCAGCACAAGGCGGACUCCAUCUGCAGUGCGUAUGGCUAUCAGCUGGCCGAAGCCAAGUUUGGGAAGGAAGCUCAUCUGCUGUGCCUGAAGCCACAUCCUAUAGGGUCCUCACACCUGGCAUCCCACCACUCGGCCUUACUCCUGGACCCUGAGGACCCGGAUGAAGGGCUGCCGACUGUCCACGACACGCCCCUGGCUGACAUCACCAUGGCGUUCGGGUUCCCCGUGGAACAGCCAUCGUCAGGCACCGCUGAGGGCUACAUCGGAGACGAUCAUCAGUUCUACGGAGUUCUGCACAUUGGCAACAGAACUCUCCACGCAGACCCUUACGGCCACGACGAUCCGAAGAAGUUUUUUGGCGCCUUCGAAAAUGACAACAUGGCGGCGCCGCGGGCGAGACGCGAACAUGCACAGUACAACACGAUAGAACGAGUCCCUUUCUUCCCGUACCGGCUAGAGGAACGCAAGAGGGUGCCCGGCGUCGCCCGUGCUAGGAUCUGCGACCUACUGCUGCUGGCUGACAAGGAAUUCUUCGAGAAGGACGCCAACUCCAGCCUCAACCACGUGGUGCGGCGGAUGAUGCACGCGGUCGCUCAGGCUGACAUCAUAUUCAGGAAUGCUGAUUUCAAUGAGGAUGGCUUGCCUGAUAAUAUAGGGUUCUCAGUAAAGUACAUCCUAGUAUUAACAUCGACGGAUACGAACACUCGAGUAUUCGGCGACCUGCUGACGGACAAGGCGAUAGACGGACGAAACUACCUGAUGAGGUUCGCGCGGCUACGGCGUCUGUCCGAAGUGUGCCUCGGAGUCGCCUUCUCAGGACACGCCUUCCAUAACAGGACACUGGGUUUGAGUUUCACGUCUCUGGGCGGCGGCAUGGGCGGCGCUGCAGGCGGGCUGUGCGACCGGCGCGCGUACGGCCGCUCGUUCAACACGCUGGCUAUAGCACACGCCACCACGGAGGAAAAGGGCAGAGUGCCGGAGAGAAUCGCUGCUCUCACACUCGCUCAUGAAAUGGGCCACAGUUUCGGCGCGCACCACGACGACAACUUCCCGAACCCCGAGUGUCGCGGACAUCUCAUGGGCUCGCAGUCCUCCACGGCCGAGAACGGGAUGAACUUCGAGUUCUCGCUAUGCAGCAAGCGAUUAAUUGCCGCCACUUUAAGUAGUAUGAGCUAUUGUCUGGUGGAGGAAGAUCGACCUUAUUGCGGGAAUGGUAUCGUGGAGGAAGGCGAGGCCUGUGACUGCGGGCUGCCGUCUCGCUGCAUCCACAAGGACCCGUGCUGCACGCCGCGCGGGGGAGGGGCGCUCGUCUUCGAAGAGGGGACCCUACACAAGGAGGGCUGUUCAGUAGCCCCGUCCGCCAUGUGCCACCCGUCACAAGGACUCUGCUGCACUCACAAGUGCCAGCUCGCUGACCUCGUUAAGAGUGGUAUUGAUUGCUCAACCCAGGAACAAGAAUGCACAUGUAGCCACCUGUCGUCGGAAUGCCGGUGUGGUCUGGGCGGGCGGUGCCUGCCCGACGGCUCCUGCCACGCGGCCGAGUGCGCCAGGCUCGGCCUCAAGGAGUGCCCCUGCGCUAAGAGAGCGCCCAUCAGUGGCUUUAUGCAGGGUUCGUUGGUGGGGGAGCUAAAUCUAUGCGGCAUCUGCUGCAAGCUGCGGCUUCUGGACGGCAGCGAGCAGUGCGUGUCGGCGGAGGAGGCGGCGCGCGAGAGUCUCGCCAGUGACCACACGCUACCUAUGGGCUGGCCUGAUGAGGACUAUAGAGGACCGAACGUGACAGUCCGCUUAUGCGAGGGCUACGCGUGCAACCUGACGUGGGUGCGCGCGUGGCCGCCGGGCUCCGUGUGCGUGGCGCGCAACAAGGUGGGCGUGUGCUCGCCGCGAGGACUCUGCAAGAUGGACUACCUCAGCCCGCGGUCCAACGUCUACCCCGAUAUCAUGAAUGUUCGUUUGGUCGGCUUAAAACACAAUCGCUCGAGAUACCUGAAACCAGUGUCAAUAACAUUUAUCACGUUACUUUUGCUCUGUUUAAUAAAAUAAUGUACCG